CCUCUAUUGGCACAGGGCAUUCGUUAGUUUUGACCGAUUCAUCCCUGGCAGCAAAAUAAAUGUUGGUUGCUUCUUAACAGAUCUAAUAUUUCUCUUUACUGACCCUUAACAGCCUGUUUGACAGAAACCAGAUCCUUCGUGAAUGGCAUUAGUUUAGACCUGGAAGAUUAAUGAAAUGAAACAGUUUUCAAUAAAUGACUGUAUGACAGUAAUAUGUGCUUUCUCAUCUUCCCUUGCAUACUUGCUAUUGGCUUUUGCUCUGUGCCCUCAUAUGUUGUUGCUGCAUCUAAAGUGUGUCAGGUCGGUGUCCCCAUGAAGUGGGAGGUGGCUCAGGCUUGCUGAUAUUCUUUCUGCACAUGAUUUGUGAAUGAUCUCUUUUUGCCGGUGCAUAUGUAUUUUGGCUUGGAAAUGCUUCUUGUUUUAUUUUUUGCUUUAAAGCUGUGCUGAUCACUCUUGAUAAUAGGUUUGGAGGUGAGAAGAAGGUUUAAAGCUGCCCUGGUCACUCUUUGAUAGCUAGAAUGGAAGAAUCUCACUUCAACUCCUCUCCGUAUUUCUGGCCUGCAGUGCCCACGGUCUCUGGACAGAUUGACAACAGUAUGUUCAUUAACAAGAUGAAGGAGCAACUGCUACCUGCAGAGAAAGCCUGUGGUCUGGCUCCUCCCCACUACCCCACCCUGCUGACGGUCCCCACCUCUGUGGCCCUGCCCACCAACAUCUCUAUGGAGUCUGACACGAAGCCUGAGCAGCUUACCCCACACAGUCAAGCUCCUGCCACACAGAACAUCACGGUGGUGCCUGUGCAGUCUGCUGGGCUCAUGACAACAGGCCCUGGUCUGGUGAUCACUUCUCCCUCUGGGUCGCUGGUGACCACAGCCUCCUCCAUACAAACCUUCCCCAUCUCUGCCCCCAUGAUUGUCUCAGCCCUUCCACCAAGUUCCCAGGCUGCUCUCCAGGUUGUCCCUGACCUUUCCAAGAAGGGGGCCCCUGCCCUUUCUGAGGGAGGGGCAGCCAGUGGCACCGGAGGCAUCACUCCCAAAGCACCUCGAGGCCGGAAAAAGAAGAGGCUGCAGGAAUCUGGCUUGCCAGAGAUAACGGAUCCUUUUGUGUUGUCUAACGAGGAUGAGGAUGACCAGCACAAGGAUGGCAAGACAUACAGGUGCCGGAUGUGUUCCCUGACCUUCUACUCCAAGUCAGAGAUGCAGAUCCACUCCAAAUCCCACACGGAGGCAAAGCCCCACAAGUGCCCCCACUGCUCCAAGAGCUUUGCCAACAGCUCCUACCUGGCCCAGCACAUACGCAUCCACUCGGGGGCCAAGCCCUACACCUGCAGCUACUGCCAGAAGGCGUUCCGCCAGCUCUCCCACCUGCAGCAGCACACACGGAUCCACUCCAAGCUCCACACGGCGAUUGUCAAGCCGCACAAGUGCCCUCACUGCUCCAAGAGCUUCGCCAACACGUCCUACCUGGCCCAGCACCUCCGCAUCCAUUCGGGGGUCAAACCCUACACGUGCCGUUACUGCCAGAAGGCGUUCCGCCAGCUCUCCCACCUGCAGCAGCACACACGGAUCCAUACUGGAGACCGGCCCUACAAAUGUGCUCACCCUGGGUGCGAGAAGGCUUUCACACAGCUCUCUAAUCUGCAGUCUCACAGACGGCAACACAACAAAGACAAACCAUUCAAGUGCCACAAUUGCCACCGUGCAUAUACAGACGCCGCCUCACUGGAGGUUCAUCUGGCCACCCACACAGUGAAGCACGCCAAGAUCUACAACUGCUCCAUGUGCAAUCGGGCCUACACCUCGGAGACGUACCUGAUGAAGCACAUGCGGAAGCACAAUGUCCCUGAUCCCCAGCAGCAGGUGGCCCAGGUGCAGGCCCAGGUGCAAGCUCAGGUGCAAGCCCAAACCCAGGCGUCGCAGCAGCAGCAGCAGCACUUCCAGUCGCAGGGUGGCGGGGCAGCGGGGGGCCCGUCGGGGGACAACCCUCCCAACCCCCCGCCCCAGUGUUCCUUUGACCUUACUCCUUACAAGACUUCAGAGCAUCACAAGGACAUCUGUCUCACAGUUAGCACCAGCACCAUCCAAGUGGAACACCUGUCUAGCUCCUAGAGACCUUGGCAGAAGGGAGUGGAACACUUCUGGCGCCCCAGGGCGCGUUUCUUGUGCGAUGGCCUCUUCUUCUGCAGCAGCCUCCAGCCUCUUCUGUUAUGGCUUCCCUUUGGGGGAGGGGAAUGGGUGGGUUAGAUCCGUUGAACGGCCCCCUCUUGGCGGAGACCCUUAAUGCCUCCAGAGGCCAAAGUGGCAUGCCUUGAAUGGGGGGGAAGGGAGCUCAUUUCUUGUUGGGGAGGGGGGGGUCCUCUCCUUCGACAAGCGUGUUCGGUUUGUCAAAGGAAGGCCUCCCCCCAUUUUCUGUCUUCUUUUUUUAAGGUGAAAGCACCCCCGCCCCCUUUCUGGUACCUGAUGAGGAACGAGGGGAGGCUAACAGACGGGAGGGACUUCAAGAUUGGCUGGUGGCUGAAUACCGAGGGCACGCAACAGGGCGACUCCUGAAGGGUGUCGAGUGGAGAAAAUUGGCUCUUUUGUCCCCUCCCCUUCUUUUUGAGAGGGAGGAGGAAUUACUGCUCCAGGGCCGAGCACCAGAUGUACCCAUUGUGCAGAACCACAGGGACAAGGAAAUGAGGGCGUGAGGUAUGCCUGGACUUGUGUCAGCCUUCUCUCACCAAUGGUGGAGGGCUGUGUUGGAGUUAGUGCUCCCCCACCGCUGAGAUGGAUUGGAGGGGGAGGGGAGAGACUGCAGCUCUCGCACCCUUUUCACAGCUUCCGUGCUAUCCUAAUACAGCAAAGUCCAAACCAAAACAGCAGCUGGUGGUAACGAGUGCCAAAACGAAUGUGGUCCCCCCUCUCUUUCUCUCCCAGAGAGAGGGGCCGAGGCAGAACUCCUCCCAUCUUCCUCCCCCAGACGCCACAGGCUGCUUGCCCCCCACCUCCCAGCUGAAAGGAGGGCUUUUGUGGGGCCAUCAGGAAAGGGAACGGUUGAGCUGCUCCUCUUCUUGCAGCGAAUUGCCCAGAUGCUUCCUUCACUCUCUGCAUUGCCAAGGCAGAUGGGAUUCGGGAGGCAGCCAUGGUGGUCUCCUUGGACAGCAGCAGCCCGAGGAAUCUGCCAAAGGGUGGGCACUGGCGAAAAGCAGAUCGUGGAAGCAGCCCGGCCUGUGCAGAGACCAAUGAGAAGGGGGAAUACUAAAAAAGACUCGAGACCCCACCCCGUUGAAUUGACAUAUAUCUAUAGAUAUAUAUAGAGAGAGAGAUACCUAUUCACGCCCUCGCCCUACUCAGCCUGCUCCGUUCCUUGCUGUAACUGUUUCUAUCUGUGUUUAUAAAACGCACUAUCCUUGGAAUUUUAAAAGAAUAUUUAAUCCUUUGUGUUUAUCUCCCCCUUCACUGUUUUCAUCAAGUUAUGUCCCUUUUUUUUCUCUCCUUCCUCCACUACCUGCCCUCUUUUUUAAUAAUGUGGUUCCCUAUGCUAUCAUUUCAAUAUUCUGCAUCUCACUUGGAUAACAGAAAAUAAGAUAGGGGAAAAAAUCUAAUUGAGGUUUAAGGCAAGUUUUAAAAAAUCCCUAGAGAGAAUACAAAUGCCAGGGGGAGGGGGGGUGUUUAAUAUUGGUGCAUCAAAAUAAAUGGGUUCUGAUAUAUUUUUUCCUGUGUGAAUGGUGUUUGCAGUAGCUGAUGGAAGCUGUGUGUAAACAAGGCCAAGAAGAGAGGGGUGGGGAUUGCAUGUUCUUUCCCCCUUCCUGCCCCAUAGAGAGCCAGCCCUGCAAGGGUAUCAUGGGCCACCUUUCAUGCAGACUGUGCUGCUGGCCCUGGUGCUGAAAGCAACCCCUGUGCAAAGACUCGUUCCAUAAGCCCUACACUCUUGGGCUGAGCCAAGACUGGUUGUCACUUACCCCGACAUCCUUCCCCCAACACCUCCUACCACCCACACAUAGCCCUGUUGAAAUUAAAAGAACCAGGUGCGUAAAUAUUCCAAGACUCUGUUUUGACUGUUGGGGGGCGGAGGCUGUGAAUGUUCAGUGUGCGUGCUCCUUCUGUGUCAGGCGUGAGUAUGAAUAUUACAAAGUGUCUUUGCUCUUCAGCACUAUCUGUGCGUGUCUGCCAGAAUCCUGCACUUCCCUUCGUCUGGCUCCGAGAUGACUUUGUGUCUCUUGUCACUGUGAGCAUUUGAGAGAUGUGGGAAUUCCCGUCUGUCCGUCCCCCCUCCCCCCGGCUGCCCUUUCUUUUUGCGUAUACCAGGCAGAAGUGGAACAAUGCAAGGGGGGGGGCUUGUCAAGGUUUUGCAACAUAGCUCCAGUUGUUACACAGUAAUGUUUGUUUGCCAUUUGGCCCACGGCUCAUACAUUCCCAGCUCUUCCUCACUUGCCCAGCAGCGGAUGCUCGGGGUCGGGAGAAUCAUUAGCUGUGCUGCUGGGCCAAAGUGGCAGGAGCCUCUCCUUCAUCUCUGAGGACAGAGCAAGGGCUUGCUGAGCUGUGAAGAGCACAGUAGAAGACAGGGCAGCAGAGGGUGGGUUAGAUCCCGUGGAUCUGUUCUGUUAGUGGAGGUGUUUAUUCCAGACUGGUCGUGCUGGAGGGAAGCGCCUCCAUGAGCUGAACAGAUUGAUCCAGCCUCUUGACUUUUCUAAGCUCCGGAAAUGAGGUAGGAGAGGCCCAUCAGUGGGUGUGGGGACAUGUUCAUUAAGCCCACCCCCCCUUUUUGAUACAGCCUCAGGUCAAACAGGUUUGUGGACCUACUGUAGAGGGGCAGGGGGGCAUCAACGGUUCUACUUUUUUCAGCGAUUUGAAAAAAACCAUCUCUUGUACCAUCCCCAGUAGCUACCAAAUAAGGAAAAUGUGCACGCUGUCCAGGGGAUGGCCACCCAUAUGUGAGGAGAAUAUGUGAGGACACCAGCUAUCCUUUGUGCUGUGUGCCUUUUGAAGCUUUCCUGCAAUGGUGAGUUUGCUGUCACGAGCAGCGGUGCCCUGCUCUUGGGCCAGGCUAGCAGCGUGGCUGAGAAUCUUAGUGCUCCAAGCACAGAGGUCUUUGAUCUGGUGGGAGAAUUGCACCCUCCUUGCGAUGUUAGCGUAUGGAUGAGUCCUCUGUGAUCCCAAAUAUUGAAACCUGGCAGGGGCUGAGAGUCAUAUCUGCCUGUGCAGGUGUCAAGACCGCGUGAGCUGCUGUUGGAAUGUUGCAGUCCAUCAGACUGAGCAGAAAAUCUUCUUUCCUUGGCGGCCCUUCCCCUCUCUCCUGCCUCUCUUAAAUCUUUUUAACACGCAUACUCACAGUUCUCUGUGCCGCUCCAGGAAAAUGGAUUGUGGAAUCUGGAGGUAAGAGUACACAGAUUUCUUUAUGCAGUGUGUCAAUCACUGCUCCCCGGAUACAGUGUUAAGGUGGCCAACCAAAACGCACCAAGUCAAGAUAUGCCAAAAGUUUAUGGCUCUGGGUAGUUUUCGUGUGUUACUGGAUAUUUUUCUGUCUUCAGUGAAAAAGAAGCAUACCGGCAGAGUUUAGGUCGCUGCAUAUUAAGGAGAGGAUUUCCUGUUUGCUUGUACAUUUUGAAAUCACCACGUCAGCUCAGUGUGGGGGGGCUUCCAGCUGCUCUACAGCCCCUGUCCUGUUGCAUUUCCCAGAGGGGAGAAAAGGGGAUAUUUUAAAUUUCCAACCUUAGUAUUGCAUUAGACCUAUUUUGUAUUUAAUUUCAUUACUAUUUUUUUAAAACAAAUAAACUCCAAAAGCCCUCUUAAUUUUCAUGGAACUGGGGUUGUGUGGUGUGUGAAUUUUCUUGAACCAUUGAACACAGCUGGGUGGACCAAGAGUCUGAAAGCAGAAAAAAGUAGGUGCCCAAAUCCUGCUGUUCGUCCUGCUGCUUGUAGGAGGCCAGAGGGCUGACCAGGCCCAGUCUCGUCUUCCUAGUUCUCGGGCUGUCCUCUCAUGGCAACAGAGGGGGGGGGCCACAGUGGGCCCGUGUGCGUCUCUCUGGGUUCUUUCCUCUGCUUUUUAAAAUCCUGACAGUUGUGACUCUUCCACUCCCUGGUGGUUCCGUUCAAGGAGUUUGAAGGUGGUCUUUACUGCCUUCCUAAGAAAUGCUUCAUGUUUGCAUAUGCUGCCUACUAGUUACCGAUCUCUGCCUAAACAAUCCAAAGAAAAGCUUGAUUUAUAUGAUGUAUGAAUUAUGAAAAUCAGCACAAUCCUCCAGUUUUAUUGUGUUAGCAUUUAACUCAAGGGAGUGGCCAAGAGCCCAGUAGGGCCCAGCUUUUUUGUUCUGCUUGCCUGCCCCUCGGAACUACUCCGCUUCCAAGACUUCAGCAAGCUGUGCUUUCAAGCAACUCCUUGCAGGCCAGCAAAGGCCUCUUGGGCCUCAUGAGAGCCGCUUUCCCUUGCAGAGCCCCUGGCUUGUAUUCUCCCCGUUUUUACUUUCGCCAUCUGGCAUUUCCUUGAUUCUCAUCAUGCAAGUGAUGAAGAUGACAGAAGUAAGUUAAUGAAGGAAACUCCUUCAGUAUCUCUCUCCCUCAUUCAUACCUUGCCUUUUCCCCCCAGCGGGAACCAAAGCAGCUUGCAUCGUUCUCUUUUCUCCCAACAACCCUGUGAAGGAGGUUAGGCCGAAAGUGUAAGGGGCCCGAGGUCACUCAGUGAGCAUCCGUGGCAGAGCAGAGAUUCAAACCUGGGCACUAGAGCAUAGCUCUAGUUAACUUUUGUGCAGCCAAGGUGUGAGUUGUAUACUGUGGCUCAAAGAGACUCUUGCAUCAGAGGAGGGCUCCUUACACCACAGAAAAUUGCCACUGCUAGCAGAGCAGGUCCAUGGUGCCCAACCCUAUGUUUUCAGUCUUGCUGCGAGGAAGUGCCUGUGAACUUGGAUGUCUGUUAGUGCAGAUGUCUGCACUACUUUCACCCCACCAUCAACCUGAGCCUGGACCACUCCCCACAGCAGGUACGCUUCCUGGACACCACUGCACAACUACAUAAUGGACAGAUGAAGACCACCUUAUACCGGAAACCCACCGACCGAUACUCAUAGCUACAUGCCUCCAGCUUCCACCCAGUCGAUUGUCUACAGCCAAGCCUUACGUUACAAUCGUAUCUUCUCCUGUCCUCUUGAUCAGGACUCCCACUUAAGAGAUUUACAACAAGCAUUUUUGGAGCUACAGUACCCACCAAAUGAGGUGAAACAAAUCGACAGGGCCAGACUAGUACCCAGAAACAGUCUGCUCCAGGACAAACCUAAAGGAACUAACAACAGAACACCACUGGUGGUCACCUAUAGCUCCCAGCUCAAACCCAUCCAACGUAUCAUCAGUGAGCUACAACCCAUCCUGGAAAAUGAUACCUCUCUCUCAGAAGCCCUGGGUGGAAGACCUUUCCUUGCCUACAGACAGCCCCCCAACCUUAAACGACUUCUCACUCACAACCAUGAAUCGGCCAGCAGAGUCACCAGCACAGGUACCAGGCCUUG